UACAGAUGUCAUCACCCUGGCCCAGUUCCUUCUUGGCGACCAAGGGACUCUUCCAAUUUCUGCCUGGUAUUCUGGGUGGUCAGGGCCUGGCAGCCUCAGGUUCCCAAAGGCCUAAAGAGCCCACCAGGGCCCUGGGGAUGGCCCCUGCUUGGACACAUACCGACCUUGGGGAAAAGCCCACACCCGGUGCUGUCGAGGCUGAGCCAGCAUUAUGGGGACGUGCUGGAGAUCCGCAUUGGCUGCACACCUGUGCUGGUGCUCAGUGGCCUGGACACCAUCCGGCAGGCCCUGGUGCGUCGGGGCGAUGAUUUCAAGGGCCGGCCUGACCUCUACAGCUUCACCUUCAUCAGUGAUGGCCAGAGCAUGACCUUUAACCCAGACUCUGGACCAGUGUGGGCUGCCCGCCGACGCCUGGCCCAGAAUGCCCUGAAGAGUUUCUCCAUCGCCUCAGACCCAGCUUCCUCAUCUUCGUGCUACCUGGAGGAACAUGUGAGCAAGGAGGCUGAGGUCCUCAUUCACAGGUUCCAGGAGCUGAUGGCAGGGGCCGAAUGCUUUGAUCCCUAAAACCAGGUGGUGGUGUCAGUGGCCAAAGUCAUUGGUGCCAUGUGCUUUGGUCAGGGGUUCCCCCACAGCAGUGAGGAGAUGCUCAGCCUUGUAAAGAACAGCCAUGACUUCAUGGAUACUGCCUCCUCUGGAAACCCCAUGGACUUCUUCCCCAUCCUUAAAUACCUGCCCAACCCCACCUUGCAAAGGUUCAAGGCCUUCAACCAGAGGUUCAUGCAGUUCCUGAAGAAAAUGACCCAUGAGCACUACCAAAACUUUGACAAGAACAGUGACCAGAAUGUCACAGGUACCCUGUUCAAGCACUGUGGGAAGGACUCCAGAGCCAGUGGUGGCCUCAUCCCCCAGGAGAAGAUUGUCAACUUUAUCCACAACAUUUUUGGGGCCGGUCGGAGCCAGUCACCACAGCCUAUCUCCUGGAGCCUCAGGCACCUUGUGACAAAUCCUGAGAUACAGAUGAAGAUCCUGGAGGAGCUGGACGCAGUGAUUGGAAGGGCGAGGCGGCCCUGCCUCUCUGACAGACCCCAACUGCCCUAUAUGGAGGCCUUCAUCCUGGAGACCUUCCAACACUCGUCCUUCGUCCCCUUCACUGUCCCCCUCAGCACAAGGGACACAACACUGAAUGGCUUCUACAUCCCCAAGGAACUCUGUGUCUUCAUAAACCAAUGGCACGUCAAUCAUGACCAGUAAGUAUUGGGGGACCCAUGUCAGUUCUGGCCAGAGCGAUUCCUCACUGCCGAUGGCACUGCCAGCAACAAAACCUCAAGUGAGAAGGUGAUGCUCUUUAGCAUGGGCAAAUGCCGGUGUAUAGGGGAGGUCCUGGCCAAAGGAGUGGUCUUCCUUGUUCUGGCCAUCUCGCUGCAGCGGCUGGAGUUCAGUGUGCCACCAGAUGUGAAAGUGGACCUAACCCCUAUCUAUGGGCUGGCCAUGAAGCACACCCACCAUGAGCAUGUCCAGGCCUGGCCGUGCUUCACCAUCAAGUGGAGAAGACAUCAGCAUGCUGAGGGAGAAGAAGGAUGGAGGUCAGCAUGGGCCGCUGAUGCUGCCCGCAGCGAGCUGGCUCGGCCCACAGUUUCCCGAGAGAGGCCCUGCCAGCUCUACGAAGCUCAGGGCCCAGAGGUCGAGCCAGCCACCCUCGGCCUCCCAGAAGACCAGACCUAA